GAAAAAAGAAAGGCAAAUACAAUGCUACAGUGGCUCUCCUGCUCUCCUCCAGAUUCCAGCUGUAACCCGUGAGGAAAAUGUGAGAAAUUGGAGGCUGGAAGGAAAACUGCUUCUCAUAUGAUUUCCACCGUCUAAUAAACGUUCUUCAGGGACCGUUUUUGGCCGGAAAGCUCGGAGAUAAGUCGGCGUUAUGCGAGUAACUGGCGCGGUUUAGCUCUGCCUGGACAUGACGGCGGAGGAGGCUGCUGGGGAAGCAGCGGCAGCACCGCGGACGGAGGCGCCCUCGUGCCCGGGGAAGGAGCGCGAAGCUCGGGCUGCGGUGAGCGGAGGAGCCGGUUACUCACGUAGGAGGUGGGCGCUCUCCACGCUGCUGCUCAUGGUUGCUGUUCCUGUUAUUGGAGUGGGCGUGAAAUACUGCCAAGACACUUUGGUGUGGAUGAGACAUGAAGCCGGAUUGAAGACACUGGGACCGGAGGGGCUCUUUUUGUUCUCGUCUCUAGACGUGGACCAUGACUUAUACCUCAGCCCAGAGGAGUUCAAACCUAUUGCUGAAAAACUCACAGGUAUCGCCCCUCCUGCAGAGUUUGAGGAUGAAUUUCUCCAUGAUCCCAAUGGAGAGACACUCACUCUUCAUGCUAAAAUGGAGCCUCUCCUGCUGGAGACCAUGACCAAAAGCAAGGAUGGUUUCCUGGGGGUGUCCCAUAGUUCCUUAAGUGGGCUCCGUUCAUGGAAGAGCCCUGUUGUUCCAUCCUCCACUUUAUCUGCGGCUCAGUUCCGAGUGUUUCUGCCUCCAAAGGAAAAAGGGAAGGUUGGGGACACUUGGUGGAUCAUACCCAGCGAACUCAACAUCUUCACCGGCUACCUGCCCAACAAUCGCUACCACCCGCCAACACCACGCGGCAAAGAGGUUCUGAUUCACAACCUGCUGAGUAUGUUUCACCCGCGGCCGUUUAUCAAAUCCCGCUUUGCUCCACAGGGAGUCGUGGCCUGUGUACGAGCUCUCAAUGAUUUCUACUACGAUAUCGUCUUCAGGAUACACGCCGAGUUCCAGCUGAACGAAGUCCCGAAUUUCCCGUUCUGGUUCACUCCUGGACAGUUCGCUGGUCACAUCAUACUCUCCAGAGACGCCUCUCAUGUCCGGGAUUUCCACCUUUAUGUUCCUAAUGACAAAUCUCUGAAUGUGGACAUGGAGUGGCUGUAUGGUUCCAGUGAGAGCAGCAGCAUGGAAGUGGACAUUGGCUACCUUCCACAGAUGGAGUUGCGAGCGGCUGGUCCGUCCACACCCUCUGUGAUUUAUGACGAGCAGGGGAAUGUGAUUGACAGCUCGGUGGAGGGAGGAGAGCCCAUUCAGUUUGUGUUCGAGGAGAUCCACUGGAGCUCUGAGAUCAGCCGAGAGGAGGCGGCCAACCGACUGGAGGUCACCUUCUAUCCCUUUAAAAAGGUUCCUUAUCUGCCUUUCACAGAGGCCUUCAGCAGAGCAGAAGCAGAGAGGAAGCUGGUUCACUCCAUCCUCCUCUGGGGUGCUCUGGACGACCAGUCCUGCUGAGGUUCGGGGCGGACUCUCCGGGAGACAGUCCUGGAAAGUUCGCCCGUUCUGGCCUUGCUCAACCAGAGCUUCAUCAGCAGCUGGUCUCUAGUCAAAGAACUGGAGGACCUGCAGGCCGAUGAGCAGAAUCUGGCACUGAGUCAGAAGGCACAUUUACACCUGGAGAGCUACAACUUCCCAGUGGAAAUGAUUUUGGCGUUACCUAAUGGAACAGUGGUGCACCACAUCAACGCCAACAACUUCCUCGACCAGACGUCCAUGAAGCCGGACGAGGGGCCGGCCUUUAGUAUCUCGGGUGGGUUUGAGGACCCCUCCACCUCUACAUACGUCCGCUUCCUCCAGGAGGGACUGGAAAAGGCCAAGCCUUACCUGGAGUCGUAGAAACACAGGACACAGGACCUUUCCACUGUGUGUGUAAGGGAGUGAAUGAGUGAGACUGAGUGUGUGAGAAAGUAUGUGUAUGUGUGUGUGUGUGUGAGAGAGAGAGAGAGACCGUUACGGGAAGUGAGCUAGGCUCCUCCAUGUCUUGGAAUGAACAGGAUGAGGUCAAUCUGAGGGGGUUUAAGUGGAGAUAAUGAGAUAAUACUGCGCUGGACUGACAUCUGGAAGAUUCUUGGCAUAACAAGCAGCUGCUGACCCUUUUCUCUAUCUGCUGCCUACAAUCCACAUUUCUAGCAAGACACACGAACAAAAAAGACCCACUUAAACACGAGCUUAGGCUUAGUGCCCUGUUCUGAUGGGGUAUGAAGGCUCUACAGAGCUAAAGAACCUUAUUAAUGUAGUGCUUUUUGUAGAGAAAUCUUUUAAACCCUCCAGCUUUUGUCAUGCUGGAGGACAUUUUUCUACUUCUGUUCAGAUUUUUUCACCAGAAGGCAUUUCAUUCCUGCGGUUGUGUUUGGUUUUUUGGUACUUGGCUUCUGUGGAUGCUGUUAUUGUAGUGUGUGUCUGCGGUUUGUUAAGAAGGAUGUGUGUGUUGCCCAGGUUGGCUGUGGGUAGUGGUUUCAAUGUGUGUGUUUGUGUGUGUGUUUCUCUCAGUGCAGGAGAGCCACAGGGCCUGUGGUUUCCUGAAUAAAGCAAUUUGUGAUGGCCCGGUCUGAAAGCUCACUGUGGCGGGACCGGGCCUGAUGUCGUUGCUUCAGUCCAGGGAAGCACAGCCUAUUAUCUCUCUCACACUGGUAGACAACACACACACACACAUAUGGGAUGGCUUAAAGAGUUCUGAGCAUUUCAGAAAGCAUAAUUGUUGAAAUUAUUAAAAUGCAACCACUAUGAUUAUUAAUGGGCUUUAAGCUGUGGUCUACAUUUAAAUGGGAAUUUUCCCACAACUAAAUGAAGAUUUAGGCCCAAUCCCAAUUCUCUUUUGUAUGCCUACCCCUUGUUUUUAAGGGUGAAAUCCACCCUCUAAGAAUUAGGACAACCUUAAAUCUCCUGAUACAGAUAUAGCUAUAGCAAGUGGAGUGCUAAAGUUCAGCAACCUAACUGCUGCUGCUAGUUAACUAGUAAACUUAUCGUAUGUCUUGAAAAAGGGUGCAACCAUGAACUAUUAUUGUCCAUUCCUUAAUUCAUCUGUGACGGGGAGCUGAAAUUUUUUUUUUUUUUUGGCUUUUAUUAGCUUUUAUUUUCCUGUUCCACCUUAAGUGGUGCAACAUACAGCAGAGGCUGCAGCAUUUAAGGUGGAACAGGGGAAAGUUAGCUAGUAGGGCAGCACGAUAUUGGAAAAAAAUUACAUUGCAAAUGUUUUUUUUUUUUUUUUUUUUUUUUGACGAUAUAUAUCGCAAUAUUAAACAAUUCAGGGCCAUGAUGUCACCAGCCCUGCCCCCACCAGUGCGCUGUCUCAUAUCUGGACUGAUCAAGAGCUGAGUCAAGGCCGAGCAUUCAAAACCCGAGAAAAACAGCAAAACAACAGUAAUCGGCCCUUUUAAUCAGGCUUUUAAAUGGCUUUUUAAAGGUAAAUAAGAGCGUUUUGAAAGCGUGAAUUCAGUUGUAACUGAAUCCCCCCCUUUGCGCUCCCCCCUCACGAUUCUCAGGCAGCAGCAGCCUGUCACUCACACAGACACAGAGACAACGCUGUGUAUCUACUUCUUGUGUCAAGAAUCAAAACAUUGUAACAUGACGUGUUUGAUUUAUUGCCUUGAGUGACAUUGCACGUCCUGCAAUGUGACUGUUGCGCAUGCUAACAUCACGAUGAAGAUGCAUAAACGAUACAUCGUGCAGCCCUAUUAGCUAGUUAGAUAGCUACUGAAGCUGCUUAUGCUUGUUAUAAGGAAAAUGGCCAUAAAACAGUGAAACUAUACAUUAAACUUGAGUAAUAAAGUGGUUAUUGUAAUUUUUAACAAGGAAAAUAAUACAAUUUAUGGUUGUUUGUGCCAGUGCCAUCUGUUUCGAGUGUGCCUCUAAAAAAAAACUCAGUUGGAAGGAUCAUAUAGCCCUAACAGUUUACCUAAUCUACCCCUCCUGCAUUACAAGAAUCUCUAGGCAAGCGUGAAUGCGGAAAACAAAGAUGUAGGACUAAGUGAUGGGGAUAUGAAAUAGGAUUAGGCCUAAAACGGAGUCCUCUCAGAGUUUUGCAUUCUCAGAAUUGUCAGAUUCUUCCAGAAUAGUGGUAAAUGGAACCUAAUGUAUCCAUAAAGUAUUUAACAGGUCAGUUUUCCAGUCGUGGAUUAAGCCUUGUUGUAGACUAUGUUUUCCCUUCAAUGAAAAUAAUCUCUAUAUAAAAUGCUGUGUAGUCCAAGAUUCAGCUUAAUCAUUGUCCAGGAAACCACCCCUAGAAUGUCCUAAUCUACGACACAAUUUGUUAUAAAUACAACAAAAAGGAGAUGCCGUGUUGCAUAUGCUCCAGUUAAAAAAAAUUGCUAGAAUUUGCAUUUUGCACUACUGGAUCCUAAGAAAGUUCUAAGUAGUAAAACAACAUGAUAAUAAGUACAAACAUUUGUCGAAUAGCCUACCUUCAUUUACCCCUAUCAUUUAGAAAUGCAGAGAUGCUCCCAACAGGUUUCCAAUACUAGUGAUAGGGGAAUAAAGUUGCCCCUGCAAAAAAUGGCUAUUCUUACACCAUUAACAAGCUCAAAAUAGCUCCACAUUUCAUUGGUAGAAUUCUGAGAGCUCUAACAUUUGUGAUAUGUGUAAAAUAACUUUAAAAAGUAGAGAGGUACAUGCAUGGUUUUUCAAAGCAAAAUAGUUCCUGUUCACAGCCCAGUUUCACUUUUAAAUCAGUAACCAUCCAAUCACUACAUGCAGAGCCACAGAGUUCUGUCAGAUUGAUGGAAAUCCACUGUAUUGGCUGCACUGUGAUCAUAGAUAUCUCAUCUGGAAUGUGAGGGAUUAUUGUAUACCACAGUUAAAUGUAUGUUCUUGAUUUGUUGAGCUCCAGAGUUAAAUUUUCCAGGGUUGGGGGUUGUCAGCAGGGGCUAGUGCUGCUAUAGAUUUCAGCUAUUGGCAUGAAUUG